AUGGGGCACCUUAUCCCCAUGCUCCAGUUAGCCCACCUCUUCUCCACCCGCCGCGGCGUCCGAGCCACUGUCGUUGCCCCUGCCGCCGCCAUCCCUCUCAUCCAACCCACCCUCCGCCACCACCCUAUUCAACUGCUUCCGCUCGGGGACUCCGACGCUGACGCACUUCCUUUGGUCACCCACCCUCAGAACAAUAAGUUCACGCCUGAAAUGGUCGCAGCGAUUCUCCGCCUCGAGGCUCCCUUCGUGCAGCUCCUACGCGAUCACUGUCCAGACUGCAUCGUUGCCGAUCUACACUACUCGUGGGCUUCUUCCGUAGCGGAAGAGCAGGGCAUCCCGAGGCUCCAAUUCACCGGCGCCGGCUGUUUCGCCACUGUCCUGUUGGCGACGAUCGGCUUGCAAUCUAAAUUGAUCCUUCCCGAUCACGACGACCGACGGCCCUUCCUGAUCCCCGGGCUCCCGAAGGAGAUCCACCUUACGACGUCGCAGCUCCCUGAAUUCGUCACCCACCCGACCGAAACCCUGCGGGUCGCCGAUAGCGCACAGUGUUUUGGGAUGGUCAUUAACACCUUCGACGAUCUCGAGCGAGACUACAUUCUACAUGCCAAGAAAUACAGUGGCAUGAAGAUUUGGUGCCUCGGUCCCUUCUCUCUCUCGCAACCGGAGGUAGUGGCUUCCAACUGCUCCGACGAGCUCAUGCGAUGGCUAGAUUCAAAGAAACAGAGAUACUCGGUGCUCUACCUCUGUUUCGGAAGUCUCGGCCUACUCACCACCACCCAACUCCGGGAAAUCGCUCUCGGCCUACAGGCGUCCCUUGUUGACUUCGUCUGGGUGGUGCGCGACGCCGGAGACUCGGCAGAGUGGCUGCCCGAGGGUUUCAACGAGCGGGUGAUGAGUUCGGGAAAAGGAAUGAUUCUGAAAGAUUGGGUUCCGCAGCGUUUGAUCCUGAACAAUGAGGCGGUCGGGGGGUUCGUGACGCAUUGCGGGUGGAACUCGUGCCUAGAAGCGGUGGCUGCCGGCGUGCCGAUGGUGACGUGGCCUCUGCACUCGGAUCAGUUCCUGAACGAGAAGCUUCUCGUGGAGGAGUUGAGGAUCGGGGUGCCGGUGGGGGCGACCGUGUGCAGUCUCAAGGCUGAUGAGAGGAAUUUGGUGAAGGCAGAAGCGAUAAGGAAAGCGGUGGGAGAGGUGAUGGGGAGCGGGGAGGAGGUGCAGGCGAGGAGGGAGAGGGUGGCGACGCUGAGAGAAAUGGCGGCGAAGGCGGUUGUGGAAGGAGGAACGUCUUAUUCGGACAUGGACAAUCUGCUUGACGACUUGAUUAGCCUGAAAGCCGCAACCUCCCCUCCAAAUGAAAUCUGUGAGGAACAAGAGUUGUUGGCCUCUGCCGGAAUUGGUGUCCUAUCCAGUGGUGAACCCGAGCAACAAACCUCCAUGCCACAGAGAUCGCCGCAGCGUCGAGGAGGACUCCUUGCGCCGCUGCUCGACAAGGCGACGGCCGACGGAGCAGAGAGCAGUGGGCAAGGGAAAAUCUCGGUGGCUGUCACAGAAGAGAUCGCGACCGGCGCUAGGGUCCGGCUGUGA